AUGUCAGUUUUUAGAUCAGCUUCAAGUUUAUUUUUGAAUGGUGGUGUUAAUAGAGCAUCUUUCCUUAGCACCAGAUUCUAUUUUACAAAGGCAGAUGAUGUAAAGUCAUUCGAUAAGUUUUUAGAUGACAACAAGAGUGCUGUAGUAGACUUUUAUGCAGAUUGGUGUGGACCAUGCAGAAUGAUGAACCCAGUUCUAGAGAAAACCUUCAACAAUGUCAAAGAUACCAAGCUUGCAAAACUAGAUAUCGAUAAACUACCCGCUAUCGCCGAGGAAUUCGGUGUUAGUUCAAUCCCAACCAUCAUUGGUUUCAAAGAUGGUAAAGAAGUCGUUAGAGUUAUUGGUGCUGUCAAUGAAAAGAAAUUAUUAGAUCUCAUCGAGAAAACAAAAUAA